CACGCGACAUCCUGCGUGCUAUCGAGGUCAUAUGUGCCUGCGCAUGACGGUGAGUCAUCGCGAAUCAUGUGCCUGCGUGACUUGCACAACACUUUGUGAACAUUUCAUCAUGCUUCUAGAACCUUCUGUGCCUACGCAGGUACCUUGAGAGAACUAUAAAUACUCUCACGCCUCGUCCAACGCAGGUACAUUCCGACCAACGUUCUCUGACGGUGCAUAAAGAAGCGACUAGAAACAAAAUUUUGCCAGUUUGCCAGCGACAUCCCCAGUAACAGCUUCAAAUUCGCGUACAGCGACGUUCACUACAUACGUCUGAGCAUCAGUCACAAUGGCAGCACCACUCACCGUGAAAGCUUAUCUGCAGAGGGAGAAUGUAAGCCUCCCUGAGAUCAGAAGGUUUUCUUUGCGAACUGAACUGGGAAAGGACACAUUCAAGGUCCUUCAGGAAAAACUCGUUGAAGUUUUUCCUAAUCUCAAAGCCGGGUGUUUUACCCUUCACUGGAAAGAUGAGGAUGAUGAUCUGGUGAAGUUCUGUAGUCACGAUGAACUUCAACAUGCUCUAAGCAUGCUCACUGACGAUGUGCUGCGUAUCUACAUCACGGCAGACGAAGUCGCUGCUGAAGAAAUUGCAGAAGUGGCUGAUAUGAGUUCUGAAGAUGUCAGCGAGAAAACACCAGCAAGGAAGCACAUGAAACUUGGAGGUCGUUUUGCUCAUCCUUUCUAUGGCAGUAUGUGGAUGCAUCCAGCCUGGCCUGGUCAUGGAAUGCGUUUUAAGAAGAUAAAGAAAAUUAUGAAAAAAGAAGCCAAACUAAUGAAAAAGGCAGAAAAGAAAAUGGCUGACAUUGAAAACAAGGAAUUCCUGGUUCUGAAGAGUCAGGUUCCUUCUGCAUUUCGAAGCUGGGUGCGCCAGUACGUCAAAGUCUGGUUCUCCGCCGGUCGUUCUGCAGCUGCAAAACUGGACAGCAUCCCUGAGGGAGCUCCACCAAACUUCAGAGAAUGGCUGGACGCCUAUCUAGAGAAGCUCAACAAGAAGCUGGAGGGACAGGCAGCAGGAGACACUGAUAAGAACACCAUGGAGCAGGACGAUGAUCUGCCUGUCCCACCAGAAGGACUGCCUACCAACUACUAUCAGUGGCUGCGUCUUUUCGUGAAGCGCUUUCUGGCGCGUCUCACGCGAGAUUCAUCAAACAGCGAUUUCGAUGAGAGUGAUGACCCUUUCAUUGGACAUUUCUGGAAUCAAGGAGCCCAUGUCCCAUGGGACUGUCACAUGCGUGGCUUUAGACAAGGACGCCACUGGAGAAAAGGCAAGCACGACAGACAUGGAUGGAGUGCAUCCGACUCUGACGAAGAGCGUUUGAAGAAGCGAAAACUCUGGAAGACAAUUUCUCCAGAAGUGCGCAAAUAUGUGCGAGAGCUGAUGAAGAACCUUCACAAGGGAGACAAGGGCAAACAGGCAGCCAAAAAGGAGACGACACCUGAGGGAUUGAACCGAGAGGCUGUCGAGUUCAUUCAGCAGUUCAUUGCGGAAUGGCAUGCCAAGCUGACUUCCUUGCCUCCCCGUGAAGUCUCCAUUGCUAUGGCCAAAGAAGAGCGCACGGGUCUUCCAAAAGGGAUCGAAAACAAACACGUGCAGUGGCUGUGCCGAUUUUUGGCACGCUGGCAUCACAGACAUGCUGGAAACUGCGAGGGGAUGGCUGGGUGGUCCAGCAACGACACAUCUGACGACACAAGUGGAAACGAACAGGAAGAUUCCAACGGUGCAGGUUACGGUAUGGGCUGUCCUUUUGGAAAAGGCAGAAAACAUCACUUCUCAGCCAUGAGACCAUUUCCACCAUUUUGGGGCCAUCAUGGCAUGCACAGGCAUCCACAUCAUGGCAUGCACUUCGGCUUUCCUCCUUCUCCUAUGAUGUUAGGUGGAAUGGCCCCUCACUUCCGUCCUCAUCCUUUCUGGGGGCAGAUGUAUCCUGGUCUGGAUGGUGGGUGUCCUUUCCAAAUGAUGCCUGAACCUUUCUGUGGAGGAAGGAAAUGCUGUGAGAAAGGAAAACAGGACAAACAGCAGACAAGUGCUGAGUCAAAGGCCCCGGGUUCUGGUCAGUCAGCUGGCCAAGAAGAUGAAGUGUCCACAGUAACUGAAGCACUGAGAAGAUGUAAGGCAGAACUCGACGAAGGCACUGUGCAUGUUCACAAAGGCAAUGCUGCUGACACAUUUAAAAAUACAAACUGAGAUUCUUAAGUUUUUGGUUAAAAAACGAACAAAAAAAAGGUCUUUUCAACGUUUUAAAAGAUCUAUUCAUGUUUUACUUAAAGAAUUUCUUAUUGAUAAGUUAAUAUAUGUGCGCUUUCUUGAUUUGCAAUGAUGUACAUUUGACUAAAACCUUGAUGUAGAUUGAAUAUAUUGUAAUGACUAUCAUAAAUAUAUAAAGGGCAAUAUUGAUGACUUAUUUUAAAAUGUCACACAUCAUAUUAUAGCUGAUCUGUAAACCCUUGCUUGUUUUGAAAUCCAGGACUGUUUUCUAUUUGUAUAUAUAAUCUGUCACACGUGAGCUAACAAUUGUAAAUUAAAUGUUAUUUUAUAGCAUUAAAAUGUAUAUCAACUGAUACAUUUAACGAUUUUUCCUCUGUUUUCUGUUGCUUCUUUUUGUUUUCUGCUUGUAUGACUUAGCAGGUAUAUGCUAGAUAUUGUUUUAGAUUUGACACGUGUAAACUAGUUGUUU